GUUCUAUGCCCCCGAGGCUGCUGCUGUGAUUGGUGGAGGCUUCAUCAGCUCCACCAGUCCCACCCAGCUCCCAGUCACGGACAGAGAGAGAGAGAGGACCCAACAUGGCUGAAGCGGAGGGAAGCGAGCUAACUUCUGGAGGGAUCUUUCAGGAGAUCUUCACCUCCCCUUUGAAUCUCACGCUGCUCAGCCUGUGUCUGUUCCUGCUCUAUAAGAUCUUCCGAGGGGACAAACCCCCGGAGCUGGGCGAGGUGGAGCCCCCGCUACCCAGACUGAAGAAGAGAGACUUCACCCUCGCAGACCUGAAGCCCUACGAUGGUCUGGAGGACCCAAGGAUCCUCAUGGCUGUCAACGGGAAGGUGUUCGACGUGACCCGGGGCAAGAAGUUCUACGGACCAGAGGGGCCAUACGGAGUGUUUGCAGGCAGAGACGCGUCCAGAGGUCUGGCCACGUUCUGCCUGGAGAAGGAAGCUCUGAAGGACGAACACGACGACCUGUCCGACCUGAACGCCAUGCAGCAGGAGAGCCUCUCUGAGUGGGAGACUCAGUUCACAACGAAGUACGACUACAUCGGUAAGCUCCUGAAGCCUGGCGAGGAGCCCACAGAGUACACAGACGACGAGGAAGGCAAAGACAAAAAGACGGACUAGGAUAAGAAAGUGACUGAGAGGGAGACGAUGAGAGAUGCCUUAAUGUUUCUGUGAAGUUUGACGCCUCGUGUUAACACCCCUCAGAGAAAACAUGCACACAUGCAUUCUGAUAUUUUUGGACCAUCACCAUCCUGACUGAAUUCCAUGUUUGAGAUUCGAGAGUAAAAUGGCAUUAACACUUAUAUAUACCCUGUACUGAUGUGGAGCCGUAUAGUUGUGCUUGAGUUCAGUUAACUUGUUCUUAGACUGAUUUAUUGACGGACCAAUCCAAGGAUCUAAUGAAACGAUGGUUAAACGUCCUGUAGGUUAAAGGUUGCUGCUAUCAGCAGCUCUGUUGUAUACUUUAAUAUCACUGAUAAUGUUAUAGCAGGUUGUACACAUUCCCUCCAUCACUACAGUCGGCUCAGCUCUCAUCAAAAUGAAUAAUCUCAGGAAGUUCUGUCAUUAAAGAUUAACAGAACUGCAUUAAGGGACAGGAGCUGGAGCCAGAGGUUAAUUUACAUAAAAACCUGGUUUGACUAUUAAACCUGCACCUGGUCUGAUCACAGGUCUCCAUAACUCUGCUCAAACAACCUGAGACUCACACACUCAUCAAACAAAAACUAUCCUAUAAACACAAAUAACUUCAGUUUGACACUGAGCAUUUGAAACGCUUGAACAAUCCAACAGAGGUGUGUUCUGUUAGUCUGCUGAACAACAUCUCUGCAGUCAGCCAGCAUACCUCAUCCAGGGAAAUGUAAAACUAAGUUCAUUUAAAGUUGGACUAAACUUGUAUGGAGCCCUUCAAUCGUGUUAGAUGAUAUGUUAUGUGUGCAUAAUAUUUAUAACUGUGUUAUAAAUGUAUAAGCAUCUUUAGUCAUUCAUUCAAAUACUGUGGCAGUGGCAACAUAAUAGAGGGACAAAGGAACCUAUACACAGCGUAUUUCCACGGAUGCAAAAUUUACUAUGCGAUACUCAAGUCCUGCAAAGGUGAUCAUUUGUAUCUUGUGAGCACAAGAUGAAAAUGAUCAACCGAUAGGAUGUCAGGGGCUUAGUAGAUAUCAACUUGUAUCCACCAAAAGACAGAAGUAUCUCACUUUGAAAUGUAGGAACGUCGUGAUGUUUAAUCGACCUAUUUGAAAUUGAAACUUCAUUAGUAAAUGCUGCUCAGACUUUCAUCACCUGCUCCAUGUUUCUGUUUUUCUGCAUAUUUUCUAACUCCCCUCAAACAACGUGAGAAGUGAAAAGUUAAGAGCCAAUUUCAGAACAGUUAUUAAAAUGAAAACACAGGGCUGUGAUUUGCUAUAAUUUCCCUUUAACAGCACUUAAAUCAGAUGAGCAGAUGUAAAAAUCCUCCAAUGUUGAUGCUGCCUUCUCAGAAACUCUGAUACAGCUCAGUUUCAGUACCUUUUCACAAGUAACUGUACCAGCUACAUCUACCAGUUGAAUCAUGUUAGGCUUUCUUCUCUUUUAUAUGAAGUUUUGUACAUGACUAACACAACAAGAUGACAAUGAUGUACAGAUAUUUGUAACAUUAAACCCUUCUUAUCUCA